AUGUUCAUUCUACUUUGUAUGCUUUCGUUGGCGGUAGCAGAACCACCAGUCGGGGACAGCUACUUGGAAGCGGCUCAGCACAGCCACGAUCCGACCGUGAACCAACAAUAUCUGCCACCAGACUUCACCGCUCCAUCCGCACGAACAUCCACAUCUUUCAACGCCUUCUCGAACCAAUACCUUCCACCAAGUACCAGAGACGUUUCCCAGGAGUACGGACCACCCAACACACGUGGAGGACUAUCUCAAGAAUAUGGACUGCCUGCAGGUGGUGUAUCGACCUUUAGGAGCGGAAUAUCUCAGGAGUAUGGCGCACCCAUAACUCGUGACACACAAGAAUACUCAACCCACUCCAAUUUGGCUCGGAGCUUCUCAUCGGCCAACUUAAAGACAGGUGUGUCCCAAAGGUAUGGGACUCCGUCUUUGAGAAACUCCCCAUCCAACUUAUACGGUGCUCCAUCACUGAGAUCUUCACCGUCAUCGCAAUAUGGUGCUCCCGAAUACCGUACAUCCAACGAAUUUACCGCUCAGUCCUCCCCAAUCCAAAAGUACGGCGUUCCCAACUUCCGCGGUGGCCAAUCUCACUCAAAGUCUAUCGGCCAAGAAUACGGCACACCUAAGAACUCUCUUCUGUCACAAUCGCAUGCGCUUUCAAACGGUUUCUCUUUCGGAUCACGAACCUCGCAAUUGCAAAGAUCGCGAGAACCGUCUCAGAUUUACGGGACACCAGCUCGCUCCCUUUCGGCACAACAUGGUACAGCAUCAGCAAGGAAUAGUGUCACCGGCUUUGGCGAAUCCACCAACUCCUUGUCGACAUCUUACGGAGUACCCAAUGACAGAAGCCCGUACCAGGACGCCAGAUCUUACGAAACGGCUAACUUCGGGAGAUCAAAUUUAAACACGAACGCCUUUGCUUCGUCAUAUGCCUCUACAAGAUCUCCUUCACUGGAAUACGGUGCACCAACAUCUCGGUCCACUAAGCCCUCAAUGCAGUACGGAACUCCCCAAGAAGCUCUCACAGACCAGGGCUACGAGUACACAAGGAAUGCUCUGGAACAGCUUAACCAGGAGCCAGCUAACUAUGAGUUCGCUUACAAAGUGAAUGAUGGCGAGAGUGGAAGUGACUUCGGGCAUACAGAGAGCCGUGAGCUGAACAGGGCCGAAGGCACGUACUUCGUUCUGCUGCCAGAUGGAAGCAAGCAGAUUGUUGAGUACGAAGCGGAUGAGGACGGAUUCAAGCCGCGGAUCUCGGUCGAGCCUGCCGACUCGGCUAGCGCUUUAGCGGCCGAAGGACCCUAU